AAAUGGCAGAUUAACUGAUUUGACAGUAGGUCACUUAGAUAGUAAACUGACAAAGGAUUCAAACUCAGUCUUCUUGAUUCCAAGUUCAGUGCUCUGUCUGCUCCCCCAGCUGUCUUCUAAGAAAAGGGAGUUCACAGUCAAUGGCCUCUAUCUCAUCUCUGGCUUGUCCACUGCCAUCCACUGAUAUUCUUUCAAAAUUAGGAGAAAUCAAGGAGUAUUGGGUAGACUUCUUAUGGUGAACUAAGGGGAAGAUGUGAACCAAAGGCGCACGGUAUACACAAGGCGUGGAUAAGCUGGGAUCUUCAUCAUUGGAAGAAACAUCCAGCUCAACGUCACAAGAUCAGAGAUCUAGACUUGGAAGAGACAUCCAACCCUUUCGCUUUCCAGAUGGAGAAACUAAGGCAGCACUAGGCCUACACAGAAGUUUGUACCAUGUUUUUUCAAGAUUUUAUGGGAAGGCAAUAACAGACUCCUUCACUAACAUAUUUCCUCAGUUCUUCCAGAUGCCUGAUGUCACAUCUGAGAAGCUGAGAAUGAAUGACACAUGGAAGUUGCCUGUGAAGGAGCUAAAAACCUGACAUAAAUUCCAAUCAGAAUGGAAGGGGAUACUUACCCCAAUGAAACCAUUGCCAAUGGCACUCCCGUAAAUCACCAGCCUCUAUCAAGACAUAGUUUGUGGGAAGUCAUCACUAUAGCAACAGUGACGGCCAUAGUAAGCCUAGGCACCAUUGUAGGUAACAUCUUGGUCAUGCUGUCUUUCAAAGUUAAUAGCCAGCUCAAGACAGUCAACAACUAUUACCUGCUGAGCUUGGCUUGUGCUGACCUAAUCAUUGGUAUCUUCUCUAUGAACCUCUAUACCACUUAUAUCCUCAUGGGGCGCUGGGCUCUGGGAAGCCUGGCCUGUGACCUGUGGCUUGCCCUGGACUAUGUGGCAAGUAAUGCUUCUGUCAUGAACCUUCUGGUGAUCAGCUUUGACCGCUACUUCUCUAUUACUAGGCCUCUGACCUACAGGGCCAAACGUACUCCAAAACGGGCAGGGAUCAUGAUUGGUCUGGCCUGGUUAAUCUCCUUUGUCCUGUGGGCUCCAGCUAUUCUCUGCUGGCAGUAUUUGGUUGGGGAGAGAACAGUCCCACCAGGUGAGUGCCAAAUCCAGUUCCUCUCUGAGCCCACCAUCACCUUCGGCACUGCCAUUGCUGCCUUCUAUAUCCCAGUGUCUGUCAUGACUAUCCUCUAUUGCCGUAUCUACCGGGAAACUGAAAGGCGAACGAAGGACCUGGCUGAGCUCCAGGGCUCUGUUUCUGUGGCUGAGUUUGAGACAAACAAGUCUACACGGAAGACCCUGCUUAAGUCCUGCUUCAGCUGCCAACAGCCGACCCUGGUCAAGAGGGAGAGAUGCCAGGCUUCCUGGUCAUCUUCAAGCAGGAGUGCCUCUGCCACUGGGAAGCCUUCCCAACCCACUGGUACAAACAGUGACUGGGCCAAAGAAGAACAGCUUACCACUUGUAGCAGUUACGCUUCCUCGGAGGAUGACGACAAGCCCACCACUGACCCAGUCUUCCGAAUGGCCUACAAAAGCCAGGCAAAGGAAAGUCCAAAGGAAGAAUUUAGUGCUGAAGAGACCAAGAAAGCUCUUGUGAAAGAGAAUCCUGUGAAUGAUAACUAUAAGAUGCAGAAAUACUUCCUGUCCCCAACUACCAUCCGUGAGCCCAAAAGUAAAAAAUGUGCAGCAUACAAAUUCCAGUUGGUAGUAAAGGCCGAUGGGACCCAAGAGACCAACAAUGGCUGUCAUAAGGUAAAAAUCAUACCUUGCUCAGUCCCUGUAGCCAAGGAACCUUCCACAAAAGGCAUGGAUUCCAACCUCAGCAACCAAAUGACGAAGAGGAAGAGAAUGGUCCUGGUGAAAGAGAGGAAAGCGGCCCAGACUCUGAGUGCCAUCCUGCUGGCUUUCAUCAUCACGUGGACCCCCUAUAACAUCAUGGUGCUGGUGUCUACCUUCUGUAGCAAGUGCAUCCCUGUCACCCUGUGGCACCUGGGCUAUUGGCUAUGCUAUGUGAACAGCACUAUCAACCCCAUCUGCUAUGCCCUCUGCAAUAAAACUUUCAGAAAGACCUUUAAGAUGUUGCUCCUCUGCCGGUGGAAGAAAAAAAAAGGGGGAUGAGAGGCUGUAUUGGCAAGGGAACAGCAAGGUGCCAUGAUGUGGCAGCUCCCCUCAUGGCAGCUACUGCAGACAGGGCUUACUGGAAUUGGUGGACCUACAGCACUGGCUUUCUUUCACUUCAAAAACAAAACUGUCACUUUAUGUACCUGAGAACUAACUCAAAGAGAAGAGAGGCCCCAGAGGCAUCUGCCUUGACAUUAGAAGGGAUGUCAACAGCUGCAGGGACUCUCUAUGGAUCACUCUUGGCUGUAAUGAAGGCUGGCCAAGGCAUUUAUGCCACUGUCAGAUAGGCCAUUGAUGUGAGUAGCCAUUUGGAAGAGAAGGAACCCCUUGUGGUAUAUGCCAUUGAUUUGAGGGGUACCUAUUGAACCAAGAUGACUAUCUGCUGCAGACAAAAGGAAUCAGAUGGAAACUAUCCAUCCACUUUUGGAUCAUUCCAUAGGGUUAUGUGCAAUGCGUAUACAUCAUGAGUACCUCAUACCAGUGAAACCUGAUGAAGUAGAAGUCAGUGUCCGUUGCAAACAGGAGUGGGGUUUAACUUCCUGAAAAGAAUGUAUUUUUUCAUUUAUGAAUCAAUCAAUAAGUAUUCAUUAAGCACCUACAGUGUGCCUGGCACUGUGCUAUUUCUUCAUAUUCUUAUCUUCCAAAUGAAACUUUGCAUCUCAAUUCCAUGAUACGCCUAAUUUCUUUGGAUCCACCAAACAGGUCCUCAAUUCCUCACAAAUGGCUUUAAAAAAAAUCAGAAUUCUGCAUCUGAUAGGGGCCUCCAACUUGGUCAUUACCAUACCAAGAGAAGGGCCUCUUCUUUGGUAUUAAAAAAUCCCCUAGUUACUCAUCCCAGUUUUGUUUUGUUUGAUGAAGAAACAUGGUUUGGUGAAUGGUCUUGGAGUCAGGAAAACCUGAGUUUGAAUCCUGCCCCAAUACUUACUAGCAGUGUGACUAUG